CGAGGUUCACAAGGGCCCCUGGCCAGCUACAUUUCUGACUGAGGAACUGCUGAGUUUGAGAUGAAGAAGGAAGCAUGGCUGAUGCUUAUGGUGGCGUUUGUUACCAAUGUACCACAGUUGCCUGCCAACCCGCUCGAAUGCCAACAGAGCGAGUUCCUGGAUGAUCAGGGGAAAUGCAGCCCUUGUAUCAAAUGUGGUCCUGGAAUGGAGCUUUCUAAGGAGUGUGGUUAUGGUGAAGGGAGAGAUGCCCAGUGCAUUUCAUGCCAGCCCAGGAGGUUCAAGAACAGCUGGGGCCACCAUGGCUGCAAGCUCUGCCUCUCAUGCAGUCUCAUCAACCGGAUCCAGAAAUCCAAUUGCACCACCACCUCGGAUGCAGUCUGUGGAGAGUGUUUCCCCAGUUUCUACAGGAAAACUCAAAUUGGAGGGUUCCAGGAUCAGGAAUGCAUCCCUUGCACAAGGCAGACCCCCUCCUCUGAGCUACAGUGCCGCUCCAGAGUGAGCCUAGUGGAGGCUCCCACAGCCCCUGCUCAGGACCUUGUCUUUGUGGUGCUGACCAUCGGCGCUCUUGUCAUCAUUGGGUUGGCACUGCUGACCGUCUCCAUCCUCUACUGCCAACGGUUAUGGAAGAGCCAAUGCCAGCAUGUGUUCCUGAGAAGUCAGGAUUUCUCUGACCAGCGGGUGACAUUUCAAGAUUCUGCCAUGCCUGCUGGCUUCCCUUGCCAUGAGUUGCCGUCCAACUCCUACUCUGUAGCCAUCAAGAGUUUGAGCCCUUGCCAAAGGCCACAGGAAGGUCUGGCUGAAGCCGUCCACUUUGCCUCAAGAGUUCCUGCGGUUCACUUGCCCUUCCAGGAUCCCGACCAGGACUUGGCUCAGCUGAUUCCUGCCAGCUCCCAAGCUCCUCUGGCCAGGUGCCUUGUGGAGAACCAGCGGCUUAUCAGGGACUCUGGCUACAGCGACUGUUCCUUCACAGACCUUGGACAGGACUGUGGUGCAGCCCCCAGUGGCUCCCCAGUGGCCCCUGUCUCCUCAUGUGCCCAGGAGAGGCUACACCACUGGCCUCAUGCCCCCGUGGAGUGUACAGAGCUGGACCUGCAGAACCUCUCCACCCAGGCUGACAUCCUGUCCACCAUAAGAGAAGAGAAUCACCAUGGGGAAGGGGCUGCUCAGGCAGGGAGCAGAAGUGGGCUGGAGCUGAACCCCAGAACUCCUGGAUGUCCCACCUGCCCAGCAACAGAGGCUUGGCUCUCUCCUGAAUCUUUUUCGUCCUUCCGAAACCCUACAGUUGAAAGCAGGGAGCAGCCGGAGGGUGAUGUUUGAAGCAUCGGAGUCAAGACUGAUGAUGCCACGCAAGCUGAUUGAAGAAGUGGGCACCAUUUGCCAGCUGAAGCAGUAGUCCAAUUAUGCUCCGAUGUGACAUCAGAGUCAGUGUGUCAUACUAGGACCUAGGAAAGACCAGGGCUGAAUUCUCUGCUUGGACAUGAAGCACAUGUCAUGAGACAAAGGUUCUUGAGAGCAGAAGUAAGGCAAGGCCUACAAGGCCUACACAAUCAUUCAAGCCUGAUAACUGUUAACAGCAAACUGCUAAAGCAUUGUGACUCAUCUACAGGAUGACUCAUUCUCUCCUUAAAUUUGUAUCCUGUUUGCAGGCAGGCCCAGUGUAGUGUCUGUGCUGUUGUUGUAGUAAUGUGUUGCUGUGAAUGUAAAGCUAAGGCAGGCAGAGUGGCUCCAGGACUCUAGUUUAUCAGUAGCUAAGACUAUGCCUCUGUGAAGAGUCAGAUAGCUGCUAUGAGCACUCUAUGUAAGCUCUUAAACUAUGUUGUUUCUGAACAAGUUUAUUUUCUUCAGUAAAUUUUAUUCUGUUUAUGAAGAAGACUCUGCCUUGAUUAAUUUACCGCUGCGCGACAGCUCACUGGGUGACCUUGGGUGCCAGUCACUCACCCUGAGCCUAGGCUGCCUCACACGGUAGUUGUGAUGAUUAAAUGAGGAGGGGGAGAACCAUGUACACUACACUGAGCUCCCUGGAGGAAAGGUGGGAUGAUAAUAAAUUAUUGAAUCUCUAAUAAGGAGCACCCACAGCAAAAGAUUGCAGUGUGUAAUGCUUCUGUUCAGGGCUCCCAACCACUUCCUCUCCCUUCAGUUUUUGUUUCCCCUCCCCCAUAUACAGUCAGUCAGCAAUCUGUGGCCAUCGAACAUGCUCAGACCACCUUGGGGUGCUUUUCUGAGCAGGGGAACACUUCCCCUUAUUUCUACCCUCCCUCCAAAAAUAUUUUAGUGUGGUAGCAUCUUUAGAAUUCCCUGCCUACUCUUUUUGGUGCCAGCUAAAAACGUUUAGGAAAGCCUGUUGAGAAAUUUAGAAUGUUGAUGUGUUUGUGGUUUAUUGCUGGUUUUAGCAUUUUUGGAUGUUUUAUUCUGUAAUAUUUUUGAAUGUUAUUUAUUUUGUAAACCACUUUGAGGCCUUUUAACAAUCAAGUGGCAUAUAAUUUUUAAGAAGUAAAUAAGAUAUAUUCUUGUAUUUUUAUGCUGUGAACUACUCUGGGAUCUUCAAAUG